AUGCCUACGGGAUUCCAGGCUAGCGUCGAGCGCAGAGAGUCCCAGGGUGCUACUCCCAAGAUAUGGAUACCCGUGGUUGUGGUGGCCGUGACGCUUUCUGCGAUUGCGAUACUCAUAUGGGCUCGCCGAUCCUCCGCAGUCCGACAGGGAUUCUCUACCAUUCUCUCGCGCUCGUCGACGAACAAUACUUCAUCGCGUCCAGGGACGGCCAGAGAAGUCACUGCUGAGCAGCUUGCAGGGUCUACGGCGAAUGCAGCCAAUGCAACGACUGCCAAUGCAACGACUGCCAAUGGCAACACUACGACGACUGGAACUGGUGCUAGACCCAGGAGAACCCGACGACCCCGUCGGACACCUUCUCAAGUAUCCACGACGUCUUUGCCUGCGUACAUGAAGGAACCCGGAGAGCAGGAGUUGGUUAUCUACCGUGGUCCCGAAGACAUGGAGGACGCUCCGAUAGCACACACUAAUAUUGUAAUGCCUCUAGUCGACGAAGACGCUAACGAAUCUCAGCACUCUCACUCGCGGGACCACUCUUACCCACCGGCACCCGAUUCGCCUAACGACAUGCCGCUCCUCGCGGAUGGUCAAGACGAUGUCGAUGAUCACGACGCUUCUCCGGACUUGCUGCGCGCGCCCCCCGGUGAGGGCAUGCCCACCAGACCCAGCACAGACACCCUGAAUGCCUCCUCUGAAACCGGCAUCGUUUCUGAUAUGGUCCCAACAGCAACAGCAGAUCCUCGGGGAGAAGCCCCUCCGUACUUUGAAGUCAUCGACCUCAAUGACGACUCACAGCGAAACCUCAUUGACGUAAGACCUGAGCUGGCCGCCUCCCCACCCUCAAAUCCGUCAACGUCACCCGAGCCGCCAUCAACCGGUGGAUCAGGCGCCUCAUCAGCACCAAGGCGGUCUACAUUUAGAUCCCUUUGGCAGACUAUCUCUGCUUCGACUUCUGCAUCUGGAGCCCCUCAAUCCGCAUCAGGCUCGCCAGCUCAGAGCCCCCCGGGUACGGGUGCUGGCUCAACCCAUGCUCGCGCCGAGUCUGGGCUCUCCAACACCUCUUCAUCCAUUUCUAAUGCAUACUCCCCUCCCACUUCGCCGGUCCCAAGGACGAGCACGUCCCGCAUCUCCCACCGUCCUACCCCCUCCGGCUCCUCCUCGAUCCUUGCGCCCUUCCGCACCCUAUCUCGACAACGCUCCAUCCUCUCGAUGACCCACUCCAACCACUCAAAUACCUCAAACCUCCAGCACAACCGCUCGAAUUCCAACCUCAACCAACUAAACUCACCCUCCAUGAUCUCCCUGAACUCUAUUUCCUCUCCCCUCACACACACUACCAUCCGCACUGAGUUUACGUACCCUAAGGGCGGCUUGACGGCGGAGCAGAUCAAGCUGAUUUCGUCGAGGGAGAGUGUCGGUGGGCGGUUCGGAAAACCUUACGGACCUGACGCGGUGGCAUUUGCCGCAAGUCGCGAGGCGUUGGCGUCCAGGGAAGGGCUGCCGGACUUUGAAGAGGCAAUUGGAUCGGAUGUUAAUCUGACUCGAAUGGGAGCUGGAAGUAGGCUUAGGACCGAUAGCAGUGCCGCAAUGAGGCGACAUGAACGCGGGGGCUCGGAGAGUUCGCUGCCUAUGGCGCCAGAACCCCCAUUGCCAGCACAUUCACGGGACUCGUCAUCGUCCUCUUCGGCAGAAAGUGGCCAACCCAUCGCCGUUGCACAAGCCCCGCAAUCGGUGGACACCCAGAACGCUGGUGCUGCCCACCAAUUGGGUGAGGACUCUGGAGACGACGAAGAUAAGAAGGAGGCUGCGGAAGAGGCGUCGUCGCCUUCGACGAGCACUAACGCCAGCUCGACCAAUACGCCGUCGCUGCCAACGACUUCCCCGCCCACUUCUGCUCCCACCUCACCACCGUCGACGGCCUCAAGUGCUGCCAUGGAACUCCAGACCCAAGUGCAGAAGGCAAAAACGCCUCUUGUUGUAGCACCUAUUAACGUUGUAGCGGAUAAAGAACCCCAGUCAACGUCUUCUGCCCCUGCUACUGGCGCCCCACCAACCUCUUUCCGUGCACCGUCAACCGCGCCAUAUCGACCCGAAUCCCGUGCUAGCUCGAUGCAUUCGAUGCAGUCGUUUGCCACCGCCGCAGAGACCCUCCCUUCCACCACUCCUGUCCCCCCAUCGGACUCUGAAGGAGAAUCGGGAGACGAGACUGAUUAUCGAACUGACGGCGAAGGUGAAUCAAGAGACGAAGAGGGAGCUGGGGUCACCGCGGCAGAUGCUGCUCGAUUGAGACUUGAUGUUGGAAGCAAGAGGGACACGGUCAUCGCCGAGUCGCCUUCGACGCCGAAGCUGAAAAGCCGGACCAUGCAUUUGGUUGAAGGAACGGACACAACUAUAACUCAGAACCGAUUCGAUCAUGACGACGAUGACCUCGAUGAUACAUUCGACGGUGGGGACACUCCGAGUGCUAGUGCUAAACGAGGGAGCGUGAGUGCGAGGGGAGGAAAAUCUGCCAGUCGGCAAUCGACAAUGUCCACGAUGACCAUCGUGGCACCGAAGGCAUAA